AUAUUUAUCAACAAAAAUAAAAAGAAUUAAUAUUUCGAAAUCAUUUUUAUCUCCUUUUCACAGACGCUCCCUCACUCAGAACAUCAUCAUCUCCGUUCCCCCCUUCUAAGAUCUUUUGAAAUGGGUCAGAUCCAGUACUCCGACAAGUAUUUUGAUGACACUUAUGAAUACAGGCAUGUGGUUCUUCCUCCUGAAGUAGCGAAACUUCUUCCCAAGAAUCGAUUACUUGCUGAGAAUGAGUGGAGAGGUAUGGGAGUGCAGCAAAGCCGUGGGUGGGUUCACUAUGCUAUCCACCGUCCUGAGCCCCACAUUAUGCUCUUUAGGAGGCCUCUCAACUUUCAGCAAGAGCAACAACAGCAGCAGCAGUAAAAGAAGAACCAUGAGUGAGAGACAAUGUGUGUGUUUUUCUCCUUUAUCUUGCAGGAAAGACCUUUCAAUAUCUAGUCUUCUGUGUGAUUGCCUAAAAAACACCCCGUCUGUCUCUCUAACUCUCAGAAAUGGUUGUGUUAGAAUCCUGCUACUACCUAGUACCUACUAUUGAUGUUUAUCUAUUAGAGUGUUUGAUUCUGCAACUCUCUUGUUGUGGAAGUACCGUGUUUUUGUUUUUGUUUUUUUUGAUCAGAAGAAGUACCGUGUUUGCUUCCUUCUAUCAUUAGAUAAAUAGUUGUCUCCGACUCUGUGAAUGUUAAUGUGAUGAAACGAUUUCAUUUUCCUUUAUUUAA